AUGGCGAAGCAGGCUAGGACCCGCAUCUACGGCAAUGACACGAUUGAUAGCAUGCCGGAGUUGGUGCAGGAAUGGUACCAUGCCGUUGGCACACCCAUGGGAGUCGGCAACAUGGCCUGGGCCAAGGAAUGCGUGAAGAAGGGCGUUGACGUGAACGCGCGCCUGGAUGCCUACGGCGGCACAGCUCUUUUUUUAGCAAUCGAGCAGGGCAGCUGGGACAUGAUGAAAUGGCUUGUCGAGGAGGCAAAGGUCGACCUCGAGAUUCUCGACUACGGAGGCUACAACGCGCUCGACUACGCGGCAGCAUGCCAUUGGCACCACCCCGAUCGGCCGCCGAUGCUGCCUGGGGGAAAGCCGGCACCCACGGACAUCGCCAGCUACCUGAAAAGCCAAGGCAUGCAGUACACCUGGUUUGGUGCGGCUCUUGCCGAGGACAUUGAUAGGCUGUGGGAGUUCCUCGAGAAUGGCCAAGAUGUCAACGAGCGAGGAGGGCAUUUCAACAAGAGCGCUUUAGAAGAAGCUGCGGACAACGGCGGCUACUGGACGGCCAAGUUCUUGAUGGUGAAGGGCGGGCAGGCCUUUGAGUUUGUGACGUGCGUGGAAGCUCGAAGGCCACUGCACAGCCAACAUCCAGGGCAAGCUCGCCAAGUGAGUGGGUCUGGGGUUGCCGCCCUGGGCCCCCACGAGCACUUUGCGCCCUCCGUGGCCGUGUUCUGGCAGAGGUUCGCUGCAGGGAGCCCUGGCGAAGAAGCCGAUUCCCUGCUGAGCGCGCAGCUCUUGGAGCUGUCCCUGGAGAUCCUCCGCCUGCGAGGCUGUGAGGCCGAGGCCAACUCCAUUGCGGCGGACCUUGCGCGGGGCCCAGACCUUCAGCUGCAGAGUGUGGCAGCUGUGGCUCGGAAGGAGCUCGUGCCAACGCCGCCGCAACCGCCAACCACGACAAUGAUGCAGGUCUCAGAUCUGGACCGCACGGGCUCUUCCCUGCGCGCGCUGUCGGCAGACCGGAUCAAGGCGCUCUCGCGAGAUUCCUCCCCGACACUCCCUUCGCGGCUGGUGCAGGCAGCACCAUCUGGCCCUCUGGUACAGGCCCAGUGGCCGCAGGGUGCCUUCACUGUGAUUCCUCGGCCGCUGUCGCCGAGGGUCGAGGGCCCCCGGCUACCUGCACCUCCUGUGUUUUCGUCCUCGCCCAUCAAGAUUGUGCAGGGGCCGGGGCUGCCGAUGUCGCCGCCCUCGCCCCGUCGAGCAGUCCAGGGCCCACGCCUCCCAGCGUCGCCACAGUCGGCAGCUCGAGCCGUGCAGAACCCGCGACUGCCGGCCGCGCCACCCUCGCCCAAGCAACCAGUGCAGGCUCCGCAGCCUCCCUCGCCCAUACCGGCCGUCCUUUGCAGCGCCUCUCCGAUGAUGAAGGAGCUCCAGCCAUCAUCUUCGUUCACGUUGCAGAGUCAGGGCGGCUCUGACCAGGAUCGAUCCGCGGGUGGCUCGCAGUCAGGGAGCAGGCCGCAGACGCCCAAAGUUUCUUGGCGGCUGACGGCCGAACAGGAGGCAAAGGAAUUCCAGGGGUCCUUGGCCUUGCAGACCAAAGUGGAGGCCCUCCUGAAGGAGCUCGACGUGGAGAGAGCCGCACGGAUGGCCCUCACCUCUCGGGUAGAGGAGUCGGAGGCCAAAUUGGCAGCAGCUGUCGAAAGCCUAAGUGCUCAGCUGCCGCAGCUCGAGACGAAGAUCCAGGAGGUGGCAUCGGCGGCGCCGGUCACCGAGACUCCGGCAUGGGAGACGCUGCAGGCAGCGGUCCGCGCGGCCGACUCCCGACUUGGGGAGCUGGAGGCCUCCACCAAAGCGGAGGGGCUCAGAGCCUCGCAGCUGCUGGAGCGUGUGGAGCGUGCAGAGGACGCCGCGGACCAGCUCCGCCGGCGAGCAGAGGCCCUUGAGGCAUCUGGCCCCGCGAUCGAAGGCCUCCGGGAAAGGCUCGAGAGCGACAGUACUGAGCUUCGACGAACGUUGGCGGCCACAGCCGCAGAGGCGGCGCGGUCGGUUGAACAGCUGCGGCAGGAGUUCCGCGGGGACAUCGAUCGCCUACUCCGAGAGGCCAACACGCAGCAGGAUGCCGGGCGCGAGCACAUCGCCUCAGUCAAAACGGAGCUCGAGACGACCUACAAGGAGCUUGCGGAUCGGGCGGCCGCAGCGCAGGUCGGCUUGGAGACGGCGCGGCGAGAGAUUGCCGCCACUUCGGACGACGGGCGAAAGCAUCAGGAUCAGAUGGCAGCACUAGCCGAAUCCUAUGCGGAGGUGAAGCAGGCAUUGGUCGAGCUCGAUGCCAGAUGCAGCUCCCGCCUUGACUCUUUCCAAGGCUCCUUGAAGACCACCAUCUUCAGGGACGUGGAGGAGGUGAAGCCGUGGUUGCCGGAAGUAGCCGAGCUCAAGAGGGCUCUGCAGCUUCAGAUGCAGGACGUCCAGGCCGAGCUCGCCAAAGGCCUCACCGGAUGCCAGAACCGGCUUGGCUCCACCCGUCUGGACCUGCAGGACAAGCUGCAGUUUGUUGAAGACAGGGCGGGGCAGGCCGAGUACAAGGCGACCGAAGCUACAGAGGCCCUCGCGAGACUUGAGCCAGCAAUGAAGCAACUGCAAGAAGCCGCGAAGGAGGUUGCGCAGCUUCGCAACUUCUCCAUGGAGCAGACCAGCAAGAUGCAAAACGCAACGGCUGGCGAGAUGAUGAACCUGGAGACGAAGGUGCAACGUGAGAUGACAAGCGCUCGCGAGCAUUGCAGUCGCCAGGUGCAGCAGGUGGAACUUGCCGCCUUGAAGCUCCGCGAGCAAGUGGCGGAUGCCGUAGAGAGGGUCAAGGUGGUGGCGGACGGUAUACAGGACGACCUUGUCCAGGAGAGACAACGCAGGGCAGACGAGGCCUCUUCGGCGGUCAGCACUGCCGAAGCUUCUGGGCGGAAGCAGCUCGAGGAUCUGAGGGAGCACUUUGUGCAGGAGCUUAUGGCCUGCGAGGGCCGCAUGCUCAGCCAAGAGUCCUCCGUUCGCCAGUUUGCGGCUGAGCAAGCUGGUCAACUCUGGGUUUCCGUGCAAGACUUGCAGGAAACCACCAAGAAGCUCGAGAAGCGGACAACCGAGCUCUCGGAAAAGGCGUCGACGGCAGAUUCUUCUCAGCCAAAGGGUGCUGGGCCAGAGCUCAGCGUUGAGGAGAUCCAGCAGUUCAAGACGCAGCGGGUGAGCAGCAAGACCUCCGUGGGGUCUGCGGGCCCAUUCGCAGCGACGUUCCCUGACACCAAGGGGGAUAAGUAG